AAAACGUAUCAAAAGGUUUAUGAUUGGCAGUUUAUUUUUUGCCUCGAACUCUGGACGAAAAUUAUUUGUGCCUAUAAUUCAGAAGCUGAUUUUGGGCCUUUAGCAUAUCCACUCACUCAAAUAAUUUCUGGAGUGGCUACUUUGGUCCCAUCUGCUCGUUACUUUCCACUUCGUUUGAGAUGCAUAAAAAUGUUAACCGGUAUCGCUGCAGCUACUGAUACAUUCAUCCCAGUUAAUACACUUCUGCUUGAUAUGCUUGACAUGAAAGAAUUGCAUACUCCUCCAAAAGGAGGUGUUGGUAAAGCUGUGGAUUUGCAAAGUGUUAAACAGUUGGACAAAUUGACAUUGAAAACUCGAGCUUUUCAGGAGGAGUGUAUAUAUGCCACUGUUGAAGAACUCGCUGAACAUUUGGCUCCGUGGAGUUGCUCUGUUGCCUUCUUCGAGCUGUCUUUUAUUCCGUUGGUACGGUUGCGAAGCUUUUGCAAAUCAACGAAAGUUGAUAGGCUUCGAAGAGAAAUAAGAGAACUCAUACGCCAGGUGGAAGCCAAUUGUGAUUUUACAAUAUCAAAACGUAAUGGAAUCAGUCUUUCACUUAGUGAUCACACACAAGCAACAUUUCUUGAGGCUGAAAAGAAGUCCAAAAGCAGCCCUCUCUUGCAAUUUAUUACUAAUUUGCACCAAAGAGUUCGGCAGAGAGCUGGUUCCCUCGUUGAAUCCAGCGUUGUAGUGGGAGCAGAAUCUUCAGUAUUUGGCAGCAAGUUUUCUGAGACAGACCAACAAUCGUACGAAGAAGACGAAGAAGAAGGUGCGGAGGCAUUCAGCUCAUCCUGGAUGCCUCAUAAGAAAUCCAAGUCUGCUAAGCAGAAACCAAAGCUCUCAAAGAGAGAUGAUGACGAACUCAAGCAUAGCAGAGCCCUGGAUGAGGACGUGGUGGAGGAUCUCAUCUUAAGUUCCGACGACGACGAGGAUGAAGAAGACGAGGAGGAGGAGGACAAUGAUGAUGAUGAAGUCCACGCUCAUAAUGAGGGGAAGAUUUCCAAUGACGGGCAUGGGCAAGAAUCACAUCAGAGCAAAACAAAGAACCUCAGGAAGCGAAAAAGGAGGUUCUUUCAAACUCAGAACAAGAAGAAAAAGAUAAACGGCAACAAGUCAAACAGGAAGGGCCCUGUCAGAAGAAGGAACUAAGAAGUCCAAAGUGUUGCUUCUGCAAUUUGUGCAGGUCAAUUUUGUAAAAAUAAAAUAUUUAUAUUUGGUUACUCAUGAUCAUUUUCAUGCCCGUAUUGCUGAUAUGUUUUUAUAAAAAUUUGGAAGCAUUUGAUAAAUUUUAUAGCAGAAAAUUUUGGUA